AUGGGGAAAACUAGAUCAUGGAUUACGCCGUUCAAGAAACAGUGUUUCGUAACGGUCGGUGUAUCAGUGAACAUGGCAGCGCAUGGGUUGCUCAUCGGCUUCGCAGCGAUCCUUCUUCCCCAGCUGAGGAAGCCUGACUCUGUCAUACCGAUAGACGAUGCCUCUGGCUCCUGGAUAGCAUCGAUCCUCGGAUUCGCCCUCGUCGCCGGUAACUUCAUCGUUCCCACAAUAAUGGCCAAAUACGGCAGAAGAACUGCCAAUCUGGCCAGCCUGGCGCCAAUGCUCGUCGGCUGGUUCUUCGUCAUCCUCGCCACCAACAUAACUACUCUCCUCAUCGCCAGACUCCUUCAAGGCCUCGCCAUGGGCAUGAGCGCUUCACUCGGCCCCGUUUUGAUAGGCGAAUACACCAGCCCAAUGAAUAGAGGAGCCUUCCUCACGUUUAUAUCUUUAUCGAUAGCGACGGGUGUUCUUUGCGUCCACACCCUCGGAUCCUUCCUCACUUGGCAAGUGACUGCUCUGGUGAUCGCAUGUGUAGUUUUUGCGGAUUUAUUGAUAGUGAUGUACUCUCCAGAAUCUCCGAGCUGGCUGGCCGAUCAAGGAAGAUACGACGAGUGUAGACACGUGUUUCGCUGGCUGAGGGGACACGGUGAAGAUGAUGAGCUCGAAAAAAUGAUAGAAGCGAGCAAAAUGGUGCGAGACGCGAAAGCAUUUGAAAAAAUAUCAGACACUUUAGCAAAGAAACUAAGAAGCAAUUUUGGUUACAUAAACACGACGAUGCGAAAGAAAGAGUUCUACAAACCGAUUUUUAUAAUGAUCCACAUAUACACUUUAGGGCAAUGGGCGGGCGCUAACGUUAUAUCUGCGUAUACAAUCGAUUUAUUCAAGCAUAUUAUUGGCGAUGGGGUAAAUUUACCCCUGAUAAUGAUUACUCUUGAUAUACAGAGAAUUCUUUCGAAUAGCAUGGCCGUUUUUGUUAUCAGGAAAGUAAAGCGCCGGACUAUGUUGUUCGCAACUGUUGGGAUAAAUUUAUUUGCGUUUCUUUCAAUAGCAGUUUACACUUACUGCAAAGGGUAUAACCUGCUGCCUUUUGACCACCCUGCUAUUGGGAUAGCUCUAAUUCAUAUACACAUGUUCUCUAUAGCGACUGGCACAGUGCCGCUACCUUUCAUCAUAGCUGGAGAAUUAUUCCCGUUGGAAUACAGAAGUCUGGCUGGUGGUAUAAGCGUUCUUUUCCUCUCAUUCAAUCUGUUUUUAACGGUGAAAACUGCUCCGUUUUUAUUUAAGACUAUCGGUGUCUACGGAGCGUACAUCCUAUAUGCAUCCGUAGUUGGAUAUUGUUUGAUAGUAUCUUUGAUAUUCCUCCCAGAAACUAAGGAUAGGACAUUGCAAGAAAUCGAAGAUGAAUUCCGAGGUAGGCCGCUCUCUCCUGAAGAACUUAAGUUUACACAAUCAUUGAGUUACUUGAAUCUAUAUAAUACGGACAGAAGAUUUAGUAGUCCUCUUAUAUGA